CGUGUGGUUGUUUUUUUCCUUUCUGUACGAGUGUAAUUUUUAUUAGAGGCGAGUGUUUGCAAAUUUUCCUUGGGACGAUAAAUAACGGAUCGACUGGGAUUUUAUUCCAAAAAAACCUACGAAAUAACUAAACAUGGCCUCUUUAAUAUUGCUGCGUAAUGGCCAGAUAGCAAAGCAACAGAGCAGCGCUGCAUUGAGCGUACUCUUUGUGCGCCAUGCUUCGAACUCCUCCGAAGGUCCUCGUCCACUAAAAAGCACCAAUGUCAGCACCAUGCGUCGUGGUACCGGCGGACGCAGCAGCUUUAAUGGUAUUGUUGCGACUAUAUUCGGUUGUACUGGCUUCGUAGGUCGCUAUGUUUGCAACAAGCUUGGCAAAACUGGUACUCAAAUGAUAAUGCCUUAUCGUGGCGACCAUGGAGAGGCUAUUCGUCUUAAAGUGUGCGGCGAUUUGGGUCAAGUGCUGUUCCAAUUUUAUGAUUUAAGAGACGAAAAAGCGAUACGCGAUGCUGUGAAGUACUCAAAUGUAGUUAUCAACUUAGUUGGUCGUGAAUUCGAGACUAAAAAUUUUAAAUUCAAUGAUGUGCAUGUGGAAGGUGCACGUCGCAUUGCUAGAAUCAGCAAAGAAGCUGGUGUAGAACGUUUGAUUCACCUGUCUGCUUUGAACGCUAGUCCCGAACCAAUGAGCUUUGUGCUUGAGGGUGGCAGCAACUUUUUGAAGAGCAAAUACUACGGUGAAUGUGCUGUUCGCGAUGAAUUCCCAGAGGCCACCAUUAUUAGGCCAGCUGACAUUUAUGGCUCUGAAGAUCGUUUCCUACGAUACUACGCCCACAUUUGGCGUCGCCAGUUCCGUGCCAUGCCACUCUGGUUUGCUGGCGAACGCACUGUAAAACAACCAGUUUUUGUGUCGGAUGUUGCACAAGCGAUUGUAAAUUGCGCUAAGGAUCCUGAUACUGCUGGUCAGGUUUAUCAAGCUGUUGGACCAAAACGUUACCAGUUGAGCGAAUUAAUUGACUGGUUCCACCGUGUAAUGCGCAAAGAUGAAAAAUGGUGGGGAUACCGUCGUUAUGACAUGCGUUGGGAUCCAACCUUCCUAUUGAAAGCCAAGUUCACUGAGCUUAUCUGUCCUGGACAACCUAUUGGUGAGCUACAUAUGGAACGUAUCGAGCGCGAAUGCAUUACCGAUGUUGUUCGGUCCGACAUACCAUGCUUGGAGGAUUUGGGUGUACAAUUGACCUCCAUGGAAGAGCAAGUACCAUGGGAAUUACGACCAUACCGUGCUGCACAAUAUUAUGAUGCCGAAUUGGGAGAGUGGGAGGAACCGGCUCCACCAAAACCGAUAGAACAUCGGGAAGAACUACGUAUGUUUGCAUAAAACUACUAUAAUGGCAACAACGCUAACAACAACAGGCAACCAAACAAUGAACAACACUCAUCAUAUAAAAGUUGGUGGCGUUGGUGGCCAAACAGCGACUUGAAAAAGAAACAUUUACACCUACGCGAAUUGCUCUUCGUUGUACUUGUUGUGCGUUCUUUGUGGUAUGGAGUUACAUCUAGUGAAUUUUGGUCGAUUAUGAAUGGUGUAGAAGUUGAUAAUAAAAAUUUAAAAAACAAAUAAAUGUAAUUUGGUUAAUGAACCGCUAUUAAAAAUUAAGA